AUGCGGCCAUCACAACCACCUAGGAUGUCUGUGGAUAUGGGAGGACAAUAUAACCCUUCUAGGGAUUCUCAACCUUCGAUGGCAAAAUUUGGCAAAAGCAAAACAUGUCGGGAAAAAGUCGAUUCUUCUGUUGGACGUUUUUUUUAUGCCAAUGAUAUUCCCUUCAAUGUGGCUAACUCAUCUCAGUACCACGAGGCAUUCAGUGCAGUUGCAAAUUUCGGCCAAUCGUAUAGAGUUCCAUCAGCUUAUAAGUUGUCGAAUCCCAUAUUAAUUUCAGAAAAACAAAGGAUUCAAAAGGAUGUGGUGUCUGUCCAACGACAUUACUGGAGAGAAUACGGUUGUACACUCAUGUAUGAUGGUUGGAAAAGCAAAAACAACCGUACGAUUGUAAACUUUCUAGUUUACAGUGGUAGUGGAAUUACGUUUUUGAAAAGUGUCGAUAUAGAACAUAAUCGGUUGACAACAAAAUAUUUAAUUACUUUGUUCAAGCCCGUUAUAGAUGAUGUCGGUCCGAGAAAUAUUGUUCAAUUAGUAACAGAUCAAGGAUCUCAAUUCAAAGCUGCAGGUAAGAGAUUGGCAUCGGAAUAUGGCACAUUUUUCUGGGUUCCUUGUGCCGCUCACAUAUUGGACUUGAUAUUGCAAGAUAUGGAAAAAUUCCCCUUUGUUAAAGAUCGGAUCGGAGAAGCAAGACAAAUUAGAAAAUUUAUUUACAAUCAUGGUUGGGUUCUUGCUAGAUUUCGACAACAUUCAGCAGGACGCAAUCUAUUGCGCCCUGGCUUAACAAGGUUUUCAACAAAUUUUAUUGCAAUCAAAAGCAUCAUUGAUCAAAGUAAUGCUAUCGAGAGCCUAUUUCUGGACAAGGAAUUUCUGAAAUCGGAUGAGGCAAAAACUAAACAAGCUAGACAAGUGAAGAAUAUUAUUUCAAAUGAGAUGUUCUGGACGACGUGUCAAAAUGCAUGCAUAAUGGUUGGUCCUUUAUUGAAAAUGAUUCGUUUCUUGGACUCAGACAAACCCACCAUGGGCUAUUUGUUCCAUGCACUUGCUACAUGUGAGGAAACUAUACAAAUGGGUUUGGGAUCAAAUCGAAAUGCUUCUAUCAUGGAUUUAAUAAAGAAACGAUGGAAAAGUCAGUUGAGUUCUCCUCUUCAUGCUGCAUUGUAUUUUCUCAAUCCUUAUUACAUCUUUAACCCAUCAACUAAUCUCAUCAAUAAUGAAAUUUCUGAGCCGCAAAUUUGUCGUACUGGAGUUAUAUCAAAAAUGGUUAGUGGCCCGCAAGAACAAGCACAAUGCAUGCUAGAGGUAGGAGGAAUGCGAAUGAUGGAAGGUCAAUUUGCAUCACCAUCAACACGUAUUGCAGCUCAACAUGGUGAUCCUGUAAGUUGGUGGUUAUCUUAUGGUGCUGAGUAUCCAUCCCUCCAAAAGAUUGCAGUAAAGAUAUUAAGUCAAACAAAUACAUCGUCUGGAUCAGAGAGGAAUUGGAGUGUGUUUGAAAGAAUCCACACCAAAUUACGCAAUCGUUUACUUUCAUCGAGAUUAAAUGAUCUGGUGUAUGUCCAAUACAAUUUGAAGUUGGAGCAACAAAGAAUUAAAGGUAAAGCAAGGAGACAUAACAUUGAUGUUCACGACGUUCAUAGUCUACUGAGGGAUGACAAUAUGCUUGACUGGAUAGCGGGGGAAGAUGAAACACCGGUUUUACAUCAAGAAGAACAAUGGUUAAAUAUGAUGGAAGAGGAGGCCGUUAAUAAUCCAGAGCAUGUCUCUCUACCAUACAACUGGCAUGAUCCUGAAGUUCAAAUCGCAUACGAAAGGUUACCGGUGAGUGACUUUGUUUAUGACUUUGGUAAUAUUUCAUUUGGAGACAAUGCACAAUGUUAUGAGAAUGUGAAUCCAACAUAUGAUUCUCGUUACGCUUCCGAUCGCUCUGACCAUGGUGUUCAACAUAUGAACGAAGGAUAUAAUUCUAAUAUUGAUAAUAAUAAUGAAGUAGGUAACAAUAAUGAUGAUACUGAAGGAGGUUAUGAUAACGAUAAUGAUGGUUAUUAUGAUGAUGAUACUUAUGCAAACGAAGAUAGCAAGUACCCCGACAACGAUGACUAUUAUGUGGAAAUGAACCGUUGA